AUGGGCCGUCUAGGCGUCAAUUUCGUCACCCGUAAGGCCGGCAACACCAUGAAACCCACGAUGACAAUCACGAAGGAGGGUGAUCACUACAAGAUGGUGUCCUCCAGCACCUUCAAAACUACCGGUUUCGAGUUCAAGCUGGGCGAGCCCUUCACAGAGACCACACCAGACGGUCGAAAGGUGACCUCAACCAUAACUAUGGUUGGCAAUAUGAUGAAGCAAAUCCAAGUGGGUGAUAAAACCACAGAAAUCGAACGGAGGGUUGAGGGUGACCAUAUAAGGACGAUCGUGAAGGUGGACGAGCUGACGUGCCACAGGGACUUCAAGAAAGUUUAA